AUAAGAUUAUCCUUGUAGAUAUUAUAACAUGCUUUUUAGUAGUAGUACAGGUACUAUGGGUUUUGUUCCUGGAGCACCUGAAGACAAUGAACUCCCUCCUUCCUUCCCUAGUGUUUAUCCUCAUCAAGAAUUUCAAGGAAUUUCAUCGGUGUUAAUGAGGAGAGCCAUGUCAUUCGACCAUCAAGAUUCGCGAGCAGACGAUAUUGACAUGUCGGAUGAUGAUGGCUCUUCACAAUUGCUUGGUGAGAAGAAGAGGAGAUUGAAUAUGGAACAAGUGAAAGCACUUGAAAGAAGUUUUGAAAUUGGUAACAAACUUGAACCUGAGAGGAAAAUGCAAUUGGCUAGAGCUUUAGGGUUGAAGCCAAGGCAAAUUGCAAUUUGGUUUCAAAACAGAAGGGCAAGAUGUAAGACUAAGCAAUUGGAGAAAGAUUAUGAAAUAUUGAAGAGACAGUGUGAUAAACUCAAGUCUGAUAAUGAUGCACUCAAGACUCAAAACAAGAAUCUUCACUCUGAGUUGCAGUUACUGAGUCUGAGGAACAGAGAAUCAACAGGAGGAGGUACACCAAUUUUGUUUAAUCUAAACAAAGAAAAUGAAGGAUCAAAUUGGAACAACGGAAGUGGUGAUGAGAAUAGUACGAUAAUAGAUGUAAAUCUUGGAAGAACAUCAUCAACAAACAGUCCACAUAACAACAACAACGAUCAUGUUUUUCAAACACCUAAUUUUAAAAUAGAAGAACAAACUCAAUCUCAUGAUGUCCCUGAAGAAGGAUUUUGCAACAUCUUCACUAAUGUUGAAGAUCAAACAAACUAUUGGCCAUUGCCAGUGCAGCAACAUUUUUACUGAAACUUUUUAUUCAAAUUUUAAACUUUGGUUUUUGUUCUUGUUUGUUGAACAUCUUAUGGCAAUUGUUUAUUAAUUGAUUGUGUGUAUAGUGAAAUGCACAUAUGUUAUCGUACCUUAGUAUUUUAAAUUUU